CUCAUAAUUCAACCGCUCCCAUCUUCCAGCUCGCUCCGCACCUCUCAUCCUGAUCUCAACCCCCGGUCUUGUCUUCUUCGCUGACACAGUGCCUUAAAACAAUAUUUUCGCCCUUCAGACCAUAGCCGCAAAACACCCGCAGACAGCCAUGGCCAAAACUGCAAUUGCAUACAAAGAGAAGAUGAAGGAGCUGUCUGUUUUCUCCCUCAUCUGCUCCUGCUUUUAUCCAGAGGCACGCAACAAGCUGGUCGUCUGUGAGUUCGAAGACAUGGAGGUGAAGCCAAUCAACAAGCGGGCGUCGGGCCAGGCCUUUGAGGUGAUUCUGAAGCCCCCCUCCCCGGUGUCAGAUGCGGCCCACAGCAUCGCUUCGCCCCCCAAGAGGGAAGUGUCCCUAGAGGACAUCCAGAAGAAAUUGGAGGCAGCUGAGGACCGGAGGAGGUCCCAGGAGGCCCAGGUGCUGAGGGCCCUGGCAGAGAAGAGGGAGCAUGAGAGGGAUGUGCUGCUCAAGGCCAUGGAAGAGAACAACAACUUCAGCAAAAUGGCAGAGGAGAAGCUCACCAUGAAGAUGGAGCAAAUCAAGGAGAACCGGGAGGCCCACCUGGCAGCCAUGAUGGAACGCCUGCAGGAGAAGGAGAGACACGCAGCCGUGGUGCGCAGGAACAAAGAGCUGAGGGAGGAGCUGACAGCGUGAGCCCCACCUCUCCCCAACGUCCACCAAUCACGUCCCUCCACCCAGCCUCACCCCUGGAAACUCCACAGCAGACAGCAAGCCCUGGAGUCCUGGAGGGUGGAGGACUCACUACCAACACACUACACCACCCACCCUGACCCAUCCAUACACACACACACACACACACACACACACACACACACACACACACACACACACACACACACACACACACACACACACACACACACACACACACACACACACACACACACACACACACACACACACACACACACACACUCAGUAUUAACAGUAUUUUCCAUUAGAUAAUUCAUGAAAACAUGGGUAUUAUUUUGUAAAUACUUCCUUUUUGUAUCUAUCUUGAUGGGUAGGCUAGGCUGAUUGAGCACAAACAAGUGUAUCAAAUGCACUGUGUUGUACAAUUUCAAAUGUUUCUUUUGUUAUCUAAUUAUUUAUUGGUUCUUGAAAUUUGAAUCUACAAUAAUUUCUUUGUGAAAGUCUUUUUUGGUGUUGUGAGUUGGCUGUUAGCUGACGUUUGCAUUGUUUUCUGAUGAUGUCAGUUUCUGUGUCUUUGUGAAGAAUGUUAACAGGUAGUGAACUCAGACUCCUGACAGCGCAUCCCAUUUUAUCACCUCCCACACACACACACACGCACACACACACACACGCACGCACGCACGCACGCACGCACACACACACACACACACACACACACACACACACACACACACACACACACACACACACACACACACACACACACACACACACACACACACACACACACACAAUUACACACAUGCUGUGAACUCACAUUAAAAAUCUGCCAAACUCUCGGCUUAAAAUGUCCACAUGUCCUCAAAUGAUCUUGAGGUAGCUGGAACAAGAGAGGUGAUUGGUCCUCUUUAACAAUGUGUCUCCAGAGGGAGCAGCUGUUUAUCACUUCCUCCAGACUGACCCCUGACUAUAUAUGGCAGCCUGUUCCCUAUAAAGUGCACUGCUGUUGACCAGAGUAGUGCAGAAAAAAAGGGUAUAGUGUUCCAUUUGGGAUGCAGCCCAGGUGAUUAACUUUAGCUUUACUCUAGUCUGAUAUGUCCACGGAAUCUGGAGACUUGAAUGUUAUGAUGACAUCAUAGAGCCACCAUACAUGACAUCAUAGAGCCACCAUACAUGACAUCAUAGAGCCACCAUACAUGACAUCAUAGAGCCACCAUACAUGACAUCCUGGCCAGUAGAAUGUUCUAAAGCCCCAUUUCCUUUAUCUUGACAGACUAACAUCGACACACAUAUUCACUCUAAGUCUACGUGUGUGUGUGUGUGUGUGUGUGUGUGUGUGUGUGUGUGUGUGUGUGUGUGUGUGUGUGUGUGUGUGUGUGUGUGUGUGUGUGUGUGUGUGUGUGUGUGUGUGUGUGUGUGUGUGUGUGUGUGUGUGUGUGUGUGUGUGUGUGUGUGUGUGUGUGUGUGUGUGUGUGUGUUUCAAGUGAGGUGUCAUAUCUCUCUGGUAGUUCCAUACAUAGAGAAUGGAUACUCCACAUUCAGCACACUACAAUGACUCUGUUUAAAUAUGUCACAACGAUCUGCCUGCAUCCUCCACAUGCUGACUACUACAGUACAAGUGUUCUCCCUCCAUGUGUCUCAAGCUUCACUGAAUAAAGCUUUGGGCUUCUGUCAACAUGACAUGUACCAUCUCAUUAUUUUCUGUCCUAAAGACAAGGGAACAUGUAAACUGCCAAAUAAAAGAACCAAUGACCUAAACAUGUUGAGUGGUUGAUGUUUUAGGAAUGACUGUCCUGCUGUCGAUAAGAGACGUUGAGUAGGCUACUGUAAGUGAUGUCAGUAGAACAGGGUUUCCCUAACUCGGGCCUGGGGACCGAACGUUCCCUUGGGGGCCCCGGGACCCAGUUUGAGAAACACGGAAGUAGACUAUCACCCAUUAUUUUAUUUCCUUUUCUUUUUAAAUGCUCCCGAUUGUAGCUGGUUAUUGGGACAAACAAAACAAUGUAAAUCACAUUUGUCUUAAUCUGGAUUUAUUGUGUUGAAUGUAGAGCAACAUGAGCAGAGUGGAGUUUGGUCCCACAUCAAGGCAUCAGGGACUGUUUACAGGUAUGCUGGGUUAGGUACUGUAACCCUGGGUUACUGUAGAAUACAUGGUGGGCAGCAAACCAAUCAGAGAGGAGGCAACUACUCAUCAAACACAAAAAACAUUGAAAAUGGCUAAUAAACAUAAUUCAUUAAAUGUUUAAAUGUAUAUCUGAGUAUUCUUGGAAUCUCUGAAAUAAAAUUAACUGCAUUCUCAACUUCCUUUGCAAUUUUAUCUUCUAAGAGUGGAGUUGUGUCGCGACAGAGCUCUUUCUGUGGAUCCAUGAAUGUCGCUGGUGGCAGACUGAGACAAUCCACCUGUUUCUUAUAGAAGUCCAGUUCAGUAGCAGUGAGCUCCCGUCUCCUACUGUAGAGUGUUAGAGAGGUGAAGGUCUUCUCAUCCUCAUCCCAUCUCUCCAGGGUCAGGAGACAGUCUGAGCACGUUGUCAGGAGAACCUCAGUAACAGGGCUGGGGGUCACUGAGGUCCAUGUGCUAUUGUCAUGCAGAGUAAAGUUAGAGUUGAUCCUGAAGCA